AUGAAACCUAGGCCUCAAAUUGAAACUAAUAAUUCGAUAGAUUUAUUCUAGAGGACUUCUCAAAAUCUUAAAACCCAGAAACUGGACAUCAUCAAUUCAGUUCGAACUACCAAUUCCAAGUCUAACUCAAGUGCUAAUAUUUUUGGCAGAGAAUUCCUCAAAAAAAAGUUUAGUCAAGAGAGUCUUCAAAAAAAGGUGCAGUUGAAAAACCCAGAUCUAGCAACCGCAAUGUAACAAUAAAAUCAAGUACUCCUAUCGAAAUACGAUAUGCCCAUUCGUAAUUAUUCAAAUAGUCAAUAAUCUGUGUUGCUUAAUGAGCUUGUCACCAAAGUAACUCCAAGUGUUGAAUUGAAUAUGUUCAAACCAUCUAAGCAAUCCUCCAUUGAUUUUAGACCUUUGACAUCUAAAGUUAAUUCUACAACCUCGCUCUAGCAUAGUAGACAACAAUCCAAUGGAUCCAAAGAUCAUAACUACAAAAAGAUGUACAAUGGAAUGUUGCAGAAACCCCAGAAGGCACAUUCCCAAUAGAUAACCCCAGUUCACUCUCGUUAAUUGUCAUUAUUAUAGCAAUCGUAAUCAAUAUCGAAUCGAGAAUUAAAAUAUUUUGAAAGCAUUAAAUUUAAUAAGGAAAAUGCCUAAUUUCAGUAUUACUUAGGAAAAAUCAAGUAAGUUUUCACUCGGCCACUUUCAGACGAUUACUUUAGUACUCUCUACAGAGACCAUUUCUUUUAAACAUAUUAAGGGAUCUAUGUGGCAUCCCAUCUGAGACCAACCGACCCAAAUGAUUUCAAAAAGAAAGCAGUCAAAAUGAAACAGAAGGAUAAAUACAAAGACAAAAUCACUGUGAUUUUUGAUUUAGAUGAAACAUUAGUUCAUUGCAAUGAAUAAAUGCAGUAGAAAUCUGAUAUCGUUUUGAAUAUCAAAGUGAAUCCCCAUGAGAUUGUUAAGGCAGGUGUCAAUAUUCGACCAGGAGCUAUAGAAUUGCUAUAAUCUUUAGUGGAUGAUUUUGAAAUCGUUGUUUUUACAGCCUCUCAUCAAUGCUAUGCUAAAUAAGUUCUGGAGCAUUUAGAUCCUGAAAAUAAACUGAUCUCACAUAGGUUUUUUAGAGAUAAUUGCAUCUUGACGACAGGUGGAAUGUAUACCAAAGAUUUGAGAAUAUUUGAUCGACCGCUAAGUCAAGUUGUUUUAGUUGACAAUGCAUCUUAUAGUUAUGCCUGGCAAUUGGAUAAUGGGAUUCCAAUUGUUCCUUUCUACGAUAAUAAAGAUGACAGAGAACUCUGGGGUUUGCAGAGUUAUCUGAUGGGAAUGCGUGGUGCCUUGGAUGUGAGAGAAUAUAAUAGAAAUAAUCUGCGUUUAAAUUAAUUCGUUGAUACUCAAGGGCCUUCCAGUGUAUUUGAAAAGCUUUUUUAAUAAAAAAUUGAAAUAUGA